AUGGGGCCCCCGGGCAAUAGGGGAUCAUGGGGCCCCUGUGUCCUUGCCCAAACUCAAAAAAGUCUAUGAAAAUGGUACCAGGGGCAUCUUAUGGGGCCCCCUACUGACCCCGGGCCCCCAGGCAGUGCCGGAGUUUCCAAAUGGUCAGUCUGCCCCUGGCUGUACCUACAAAAUGGUGCUCUGUGCAGGGGCGGACUGACAACUCAUGGGGCCCCCGGGCAAUAGGGGAUCAUGGGGCCCCUGUGUCCUUUCCAAACUUAAAAAAGCCUAUGAAAAGGGUACCAGGGGCAUCUCAUGGGGCCCCCUACUGACCCUGGGCCCUCGGGCAUUGCCCGAGUUUCCAAAUGGUCAGUCCGCCCCUGGCUC